AUGAAACUCCCCCUGUUUCUGCUGCUCCUCCUGCUGGGGACAGCUGCUGCUCUUCAUGUGGGGAAUGAUGCCCCCUAUCUGGACAGCCAAGAGUCACAGGCUGACCUGAGCCAGGAUCUGGAAGGCUCAGGGGAGCAGGAAGGAGAGUCAGUCCUGACUGAGGAGGGGAUUCAGUCUGAAGGAGAGCAGGUGGAGGCUUCCAGCUGCCAAGAUGACUUUGAGGAUGAGAACGCCAUGGAGUCAGACUCAGAUGACCUAGAUGAGAACUUCCAGUGCCCCAGGGCAGAGGACACAGUGGAAAUAAGCGGCGGUCCUGAGUGUAAGACCUGCCGCUAUGUGUUGGUGCACACCUGCAGAAGAUUUGCAGGCGCUCGGAAAGUUUGCAGGAGGUGCUAUCAUGGCAACCUCGUCUCUAUCCACAAUCUCUGCAUCAACAAUCAACUCCAAUCCUUGGCCAGUAGGAGCAACCAGGUCCGGGUCUGGAUUGGAGGCAGAAUCAAGGGCUGGUGCUCCAGGUUUCGCUGGAUUGAUGGGAGUGCUGUAAAUUUUAGUAACUGGGCUCAUCAUCCUGGGUGCGGCCGCUGUGUGAGCCUAUGCACCCGAGGGGGUCAUUGGCGACGAACACGUUGUGGAAGACGUCUGCCCUUCAUCUGCUCCUUCUAA